GGCAACACUCUCGCUCGCGCUACCUCUGCUGCUCCUGCAGUCAGUCAGUCUCACCACGCGCAGAUUACUAUCACUACAUAUAUGCCAGUAAACAACGUUCCAGCCGUCCCUUUCCUUUCACUCUGACGCCAAGUCUUCGGUUUCGUUUAAACACGUCGCUUAUACUGCCUCUCGCCGUGUUUUUUCAACCGAGGAGCUUUUUCCUGAUCUUUAUAAUCUGCUUUGGGUAAGAAAAGAGCGUUUGUUGUGCGUGUAAAGGCAGCUCAGUUUCUCAGAAAUGGCGACAGCUGCGGUAUCUGCCCCUACUGGCGGCGGCUCGAACCCCGGAUCCGGUGCCGAGUUGGUCCGCGGUCAGGCUUUCGAUGUCGGGCCGCGUUACAGCAACCUCUCGUACAUCGGAGAAGGUGCAUACGGCAUGGUUUGCUCAGCGUAUGAUCGUGACAAUAAAGUGCGUGUGGCGAUAAAGAAGAUCAGUCCGUUUGAGCACCAGACGUACUGUCAGCGCACACUCCGUGAGAUUAAGAUCCUGCUCCGCUUCAAGCACGAGAACAUCAUCAGCAUCAAUGACAUCAUCCGCACACCCACCAUCGACCAGAUGAAAGACGUCUACAUUGUACAGGAUCUGAUGGAGACAGACUUAUACAAGCUGUUGAAGACGCAGCACUUGAGCAAUGACCACAUCUGUUACUUCCUGUACCAGAUCUUGCGCGGCCUGAAGUACAUCCACUCGGCAAACGUUCUCCACCGAGACCUGAAGCCAUCUAACCUUUUGCUCAACACUACUUGUGACCUCAAGAUCUGUGAUUUUGGGCUCGCCCGGGUGGCCGAUCCAGACCAUGACCACACCGGCUUCCUGACGGAGUACGUAGCUACACGCUGGUACCGCGCACCAGAGAUUAUGCUCAAUUCUAAGGGUUACACUAAGUCCAUUGAUAUAUGGUCGGUUGGUUGUAUUCUGGCUGAGAUGCUUUCGAAUAGACCCAUCUUCCCUGGGAAACACUAUCUGGACCAGCUUAACCACAUCUUAGGUAUUUUGGGCUCCCCUACUCAGGAGGACCUCAACUGCAUCAUCAACAUUAAGGCGAGGAAUUACUUGCUGUCACUUCCUGUACGCUGCAAAGUGCCCUGGAACCGCCUGUUUCCUAACGCAGAUCCUAAAGCGUUGGACCUGUUGGAUAAGAUGUUGACCUUUAACCCUCAUAAGAGGAUUGAGGUAGAGGAGGCACUUGCUCACCCGUACCUGGAACAGUACUAUGACCCCUCAGAUGAGCCUGUUGCUGAGGCUCCGUUUACGUUUGAAAUGGAGCUGGAUGACUUGCCCAAAGAGACCCUGAAAGACCUGAUCUUUCAAGAAACUGCACGCUUUCAACUAGCCUUCAGACCAUAGCCUAGCGCUCAGGUGUUGGUCUGGAUUCGAUCAUGCUGAUGCUUCUGUCUCCACACCACUGUGUGCUGUGGUCCUCUUUUGGUCAUCAUCAUCAUCGUUAUCUCCUCCUUUUCCUAAACCCGAAACCUACAGGCAGCCUUCAAAGUUCAUCUGACCCCGUUUGAAAACAUGGACUCCUGCGCCCUCCUGCUUUCUUCAAAUCUCAUUACAAUGGAAUAAAUGUGUAGAGCUUCUCUCACACUCUUCCUCUGCAUCUCAUCCUUCUCUCUUCUUGCUUAUCUGUGUGAAAGUGUGCCUGCGUGUGCUUAUGGACCCAUCUCGAUUAACCCUUUUUCUCUCGGUCCUCUGAUGCAUAAAAAGAAACGUCUACGAUCGUGUAGUGUCGUGUUAAUAUUUCCAACAAGCUGCUUUUCUAAGGUGUCUGUAAGCCAUUUUGAAGUCCCACAGAGGUCAAACCGGGAGAGAACGAGGGCUCAGAUCUCCUCUAUUAUUAUAUAUAUGCAGUGUACAAGCAUUUAUCCACAUUGUGCAUCGCCAGUCUCCUCAAAGUGCACAGAGCUCUAAAUUUGCCAAGGUGUCUUUUUAGGGCUUUAAUAUAUUUUCAUAAAUGCAAAAACAUGUAUUUACUAAUAACCCCUUAAAAUUGCUUAAAUCUUAAAAACUCAUUGUUUUGUGUUACAAUCAGUUAUGGAAUAUAUAAAUAUAUAGAGAUUGUUCAUAUGAUUCUCAAUCAUAAACUCUUAAUCACCUUUAGAAAAGAGACUAAUCUGUUCAAUUUGCUCAAGAGCCAAAGAAAAAGGCCGCUUUGAAGAUGUCACGACAUCACUUGUGUCCAAAAGUUGACCACAUUACCUGCGACAACAACAAAAAAGUGCUAUGCAGGUGAAUGUAUUUCCCAAAAUCCAGGUGUUUUUGAAUCUAAAGAUGCACGUAGGUCCAUUUAGGAACUGGACUUUAAUAGCUAGGCUUAGAGGAACUUCUGCCAAGGGACAAAGAACAAUCUCGUGUUUUUUCAGUCAUAACUGGUAAAUUUCCAAUCGAUGUCUCUCUAUUAUAAACGUACAGUGCCUGCUCUGCUCAUCUGCAUUCAUUCAUUCUUUCUUUUUGUAAAUAUCUUUGUCUUUUUGCUUUCCCUGUCCACCCCCCCCAGCCGCCUUGUAUUAAUAAGACUGUGCCCUUGCAUGACUGUUAAAAAGCUUUCUAUACAAAGAAAAUGGAAGUGCCACACUGCUGGGGAUUCCGCUAUUGGACUCUCAGGUUUUUGUUAUAACCUUUUGUGGUCUCAUAUUUCCAAUAUAGAGUAUAAUGAGUUAAAAUCCAGGUUCCUUUCAGUGUUUGAAAAAAAAAAAAAAUCGAGAUUAGCUUUUUAGAUGAACUAAAUCAGCCAGCUCAACCAGGACGUCAGGUUUAAUUCCAUGUGGAAAUUAGGGGACUCUAGCCAUGAAAAUGCACCUUGUAUUAAUCCAUUUCAAGCAUAAGAUAUUUUCUGCUGGUCUGCUAGACCCAGAUAAAUGAAAGAGAAUGUUUACCUGGAACUGUAUGUGCUAUAAUGCAAACUUAUGUGCAUUUAGUGCACGAGAUAGCACUUGAGCGAUUGUGAAAGUGGAGCCCUCUUGAUGUCUUGUAUACUAAGUUAUUAAUACUGAUGUGCGCACAUGUGCAUGGCUUUUGCGAAGCGUUUCUUUCCCACACUUGCUUUCUAUUUGGUUUACUAACUCCACGGUACUUUCGCCUAUUAUAUCUGGGAAGGAGCCACCUAGUGAUGGUAUCAGAUGUUUGUUGAUCAAGGAGAGAAUGGGCUAUAAUCUUAAAUGGUUACAUAAUUAUUAUUAUUUUUUUUUUGCAAAACUCUGUAAGAUAGCUUCUGCCGAAUCAGUGUGCAGCCUGUCUGUUUCUGUGUGCCUUUAUGAAUCACGAAUACAUUUAUCGUGCAGCUUUGUUUUGUUGGGGAUCAGUUGUGACUUUUUUGCGGUAUAUUCUUGAACUUCUAUAUAUACAUUUAUACAUAAAUAUAUAUUAAAAAACCUGUGAAAAAAACAAUCAAAAAAACUCAAUUCUCUGUGUAAUUUUAAGUCCUAUUUGUCACACCUUUUGUGAUUUUUGUGAUUGGUUUGUUUGUCUAUUUUUGCCCUACUUUGUUUGAUCCUGUUGCAUUUUGCCUUCAGUUCUUGAAAGUUUUGUGCCGAACUGUUUUUAUUGUAAAAAAUGAUUGUCUAGUGAUUUAUUAUUAAUCUUGUAUAAAAAAUGUGUCUGUAUUAAUCUCAUUUUUGUUAGCAAUGGCCGACUGACUCUUGUUGUUGAAUUUCACUUACAAGCUUCGAAACUCCCAGGAUUCGGACCCUCGGAUGAGUUUUAGAAGGUGUCAGUGAAGUCACUUGGGAAACUUGUGAUUAUACAAACAUUUCAAAAAUAUAUUAAACACUUUU